CGAGAUCAACAUGGCUGCAAGUCAGAGGGCCGUCUACUGGUUGGGGAAGGAUACACUGCGUGUGUCCGCGGCGUUGUUUGCAGAGAACAGGCGCCGCCUGCUGGCCGCGUUGAAGAAUGCGGACGGGGUGCAGGCCAAAGCAGUGGUGGUCUUACAGGGGGGAGAACAGAAGCAGAGAUACUGCACUGAUACAGAACCAGUGUUUAGACAGGAGUCCUUCUUCCACUGGGCGUUUGGGGUGACGGAGUCUGAUUGCUAUGGAGCUGUCAUGGUCCCCUCUGGACGAUCCCUCCUCUUCGUACCCAAACUACCGGACAGCUACGCAACCUGGAUGGGGGAGAUCCAUCCUCGCGAACACUUCAAGGACAAGUAUGACGUGGACGAAGUCCAUUAUACCUGCGACAUCGCUGAGGUCCUGGCCAAGCUCAACCCCUCUCACCUGCUCACCCUGCGUGGGGUGAAUACUGACAGUGGGAGUACCUGUCGUGAGGCGUCUUUUGAAGGCAUCAGCCAGUUCACUGUCAACAACACCAUCCUGCACCCCGUCAUUGUGGAGUGUCGUCUGCUCAAGACUGAUAUGGAGUUGGAGGUUCUUCGCUACACCAACAGAAUCUCCAGCGAAGCUCACAAGGAGGUGAUGAGAGCUGUGAGGCCGGGACACAAGGAGUACGAGAUGGAGAGUCUGUUCCAGCACUACUGCUACUCUCGUGGGGGGAUGCGAAACGUCUCCUACACCUGCAUCUGCGGAAGUGGCCACAAUGCCUCAGUGCUUCAUUACGGCCACACUGGAGCGCCCAACGACAAGACCAUCAAUGACGGAGACAUGUGCCUGUUUGACAUGGGUGGAGAGUACUACUGCUACUCCAGUGACAUCACCUGCUCUUUUCCCGCCAACGGCAAGUUCACUGCGGACCAGAAGGCCAUUUACGAGGCGGUGCUGAAAUCAUCACGAGCAGUCUUCAACGCCAUCAAACCAGGUGUGAAGUGGACGGAUAUGCAUCGCCUGGCGGACCGAGUUCACCUGGAGGAGCUGGUGAAGGUGGGCCUCCUGAAGGGGGAUGUGGAUGAGAUGAUGAAAGUCCAUCUGGGUUCCGUCUUCAUGCCACACGGACUCGGACACCUGCUGGGCAUCGACGUACACGACGUGGGGGGAUACCCUGAGGGUAUCGAGCGUAUCCAGGAGUCUGGUCUGCGUUCUCUGCGUAUGGGUCGUCUGGUUCAGGAGCGGAUGGUUCUCACAGUGGAGCCCGGCAUCUACUUCAUCAACCACCUAUUGGACCAGGCCUUAGCCAAUCCCGCGCAGAGCUGCUUCCUGGUCAACGACGUCCUGGCUCGCUUCAGAGGAUUCGGAGGGGUGCGUAUCGAGGAUGACAUUGCGGUGACCUCUACCGGUAUGGAGUUGUUGACGUGUGUUCCGCGCACCGUGCAGGAGAUCGAGGACUUCAUGGCCAACAGAGACGCCAACGCCAAGGCCUUCUGAGGAGACACACACACACCAAGGCCUUCUGAGGAGACACACACACACACACACACACACACACACACACACCAAGGCCUUCUGAGGAGACACACACACACACACACACACACGCCGGAGUCCACACACACACACACACACACACAAGCCUGAGUCCACACACACACACACACCUGAACCUGCACACACACACACACACACACACACACACGCACACACCUGAACCUACACACACACACACACACACACACACACACACACACACACACACACACACACACCCCUACCCCUCAGCAUCAGCUUUCAUGUCACAUGCUUUUCAAAUAUGCCCGAAUGCAGACACAAACACAAACACACACAAGCUUGUACACACAUGCACCAGAACUUGCACACACAGUCAGCUUAAACUUCAAACAUGCACACACACACAGACGCACACACACACACACACACACACGCUUUAAGCUCUCCUCUCCUCACCUGCAAUGUGACCGAUGACUGCCAAUAUUCAAUGGAUUUUACUAAAAUCAACUUAAAAAGUCUGAAAAAGUCAAUUCAAAGCUUCUUUGAAAAUGUCAACGUAAAAUGUCUUUGACAAAAUGGCUGACAGUCAUCUUUAAAAUGGCUGACAAAAGUGUAAGUUGUUUGAUUUCGCGGCAUGUAAUGUCUUCAAGCAUUUCGCUAGUUCAUAUCUACGCAUUUCGCUAGUUCAUAUCUACGCCAUCCAAAGACGCCUUUGCAGAGCACAGAAGGGACUUUUUUGAAUAAUGUUUUUUUUUAAAUAAGAAGAAGAAGGAAAAAAAACAGUAUUAAAUAAUUAUUUUUCUGAUUUUUAUAUUGUGUAUAUGCUAUUUCUCUGUAUAACCCAUUUAUACACUAAUAACCCUCUCUAUGUUAACUAGCAUGCUAACAGAUUAUUAAUAAACAAUUUCUGCAACA